AUGGGUCGUCUUAUCAAGAACCACUGGGCUCGGCUCAUCGUUAUGAGCGCCGCAGUUUUUUGCCGCCGCUCUCGAGGCUUCUUCUGGCCCAAGAUCUUUUGGGAUUUUUUGACCAAAACCUUGGACCCGGCGGUCAAGCCCGUACCGAUAUUGCAGAUUAUCAACAUACUCAUGUCUCUGUUCAUGGUAGCACUGGAGUGGCCUCUGGUGUUUAUCGCCGGCUCGUCAAUUCACCGCAGCCUGGAGUUCCGCCUCAUCAUCCUUCCUCUCACCAGUCUCGCCGCUGCUCUCAUCUACCAGGGCACCAACGCCGCUCUCUACUACCUGGUUGGGCUGGUUGUCUACUUCUGGGCUUACAGCGAAGGAGAGAUUGUCUGCGCCAAGCCCUGGACACUUCCUCAAAGAGGACGCAACGGCUCUCGCGUCUAA